GAAUUUACGUAAAAAUGGGGAAUUUUUAUGUUUUUUGAACAAUUUCGUGAAUUUCCUUAUAAAGACAAAGGUGAUAAGAACAAAUCCAAGUCUUUUGCUACUCCCGCCGUUGUUCGCUUUGCAAAAGCGGGUCAGAAAAGUGUAAAAAACGUGGAGAACCGCAGCGGGAAAGAUGGAAAAUUCUCAUUUAAAUACGGCACACAUGUACGGCAGAAGGGCCGAAAACUGUGUGAAAAGUCGCCGUUACGACGACGCCAUCGAGAGCCACCGAAAGGCCGUGUUUCACCUUGAGGAAGCGCAGAAAAUCAAGAGCUCACCGAAGGUCCAUGAAUCGUUGCAGCUGCAGCAAAAGUACCACGAGAAGCAAGUGGAUUUGCUGCAGAUCAAGAAGCGCCAGUACGAACGGUGUAUGAAGGCAUUGGAGUAUCAGAGGCGCAAGAAUCCCGAGUAUCUGGCGCAACAGAACGAUCGGCUGGACAAGUACAACGAGCUACAGGUUGCCAUCUACCACAAUCUGGAUGAUACGGAUGGGCUUCUGGAGACGCUGAACAAAGGCGAGUCAAACGGUGCUAAUGGUAGCACGAAGGCGCUGGAAGAAUUGAUAAGCCUGAACCAUUCGCUACAUAUUCUGAUUCAAAGAAUGGCCCAAAAUAUCGACGAAUAUGCGACGGAGAACGAGACUCUGCGGGAACGGCUUCGUUGCUACGAAAAAGAAAAAGAAGGAGGUGGUCCCCUAGGGAACGUUGAGACAGCAGCCAACGGGUUGAACAAGGGUCGACACAUCGAGCUACCGAAACGGGAGGACGGUGCCGCGACAGAUGAUAAUCUGGCUGCUCUAGCACCGCUGGAAAUGCCCGUGUUCGAUCUGUCCGAGUUUGAUAAUCAUUGAAUGAUGUGGGUUACGUUUCCUCGUUUCUGCUACAAUAUUUUGUAUGCUAUGUGAUAACACUACUUACAGUAGGGAUUGGAAGCUAAUCAGUUUCAUCAUGAUGUAAAUAUUUGAUACUAAAAGGCACUG